CUCAAUUUACUCAUAAUUAAGUUGACCUUCCGUUAUAGACAAUAUCCGAUCCAGCAAGCCAUAAAAGCAUUUGCACUGAGCAUUGAGACAUUUUGUGCUUACGAAAUAUAAUAAAUAAUAAAACAUAAUACAUAAAACUAUCUUGCCUACGCAUCAGGCCGACUUGAAAUCAUGAAGCUGCACAACUCUCCUCGUCAUCAAUCAGUGUUGUUGCUGCUGCUGUUGGGCGCGUUCGUUCAUCUCUCAUUCGAAGUGCAGCAAUCGCAGCUCGUGUCCCAGCCUGUAUUCCGGGGCAGCAGAAGCAGACCAGCGGACCAGACCAGGCAGCAGACCACCGCUGAACGCGAGACCGAGCCCCUCAACCAGCAAACUAAACCAGCGAAGGGACGGUCGACGUCUCAAGAUACCUUUAGCCCCAUGUCUCCUUCCCCCGCUCUGGGUCCCAUCCAGGAUUCAAGGCAGACGCACUCAAUUCCUCAAGAUCGACGCACCAGCGCCACGGCUCGCACCAUCAAACUGGACGGAGGCUUGUCGGCCAACGACUUCCGCUUCCCCUCAGCUGAGGAAGAUAAGCAGGACCGCACAAGGGACCACAAGCAAGACCACAAAGAUGACUACACCCCAGCCCGCGCCAAGUCUUAUCAGCUGCCAGUGCCCAACGAGAGAAACGCCACCAGCAGGUUCUUCUCAUUCAACACCAACACCCAGGCGCUGGAUCUUGGGUUGAGCUUCACGGUGCCGUUCCUCUCCAUCCCAAUGUCCUCGCUGCUGAACAUCGGGGAUAGCACGACGGCGGCGCUGACGUCGCUCUUCUCCUUCAACUGGUCUGCCAUCGCAGUGGUGGGCCUCCUUCUGGCCGCUGCCACUCUACUUCUACCCACCAUCGUAGAGUGGGUUAGUGGUGUGCUGCUCGUCAAGAACACAAUCGCCACACAGUAUGGAGGACGAACUCCCGACCAUCAGAUGUACGGAGGAGUCCCUGAACCGCUUGGAGGAUUCCUGGGUGACUCAGCUGACUAUUUCUCCAGGAGCAUUAAAGUCUCGCCGCUAGCGUCACUGCUGGAGCAGCUGGAUGACGCCUUCGCCCAGUACGAUCUGGACGCAACGUCGUGCAUGCAGCGCGUCGUCUGCACCUACGUCGCUGACGCCGAAGAUAGCGUGGCAAGGGGCAGUGCCGACCCCACACAGCUCAUCGUCAACGGCGUAGCCAAGAGUUCAUGGGCCCAGAUGCUGAUGGGACAAACACCGAUGUCGAAGGCCAUCGAGGUGGGCAGACGCGGCUCGUCCUGCCAGCAGCAGUACUCCAAGUGCCCCUUCUCACUCACGUCCGUCCUCAAGUUCCUCGCCAACUACGCGAAUUUCUCAAAAUAAAAUACGAUCAUUCACCAAUGCGGUCGAGAGAGAAAAAAUAUGAUUGUUUUUCGAACUGAAUUCCAAGUUGUACGUUGAUACGGGCCUUAGCUUUGAAAUUGUGAUUUGCAUUGGGUGCGCUACGCACGCACUUUUAAAAUUAAACUUUCCAUUUUCCAUUUGGCGAACGUAUUGAUACAUGCUGAAAAUGCAAUGCCUAAAGUAAAUUGCAAAUUAAUGUCAGUUAUUGCAGUGGGAACCAAACUGAAGAAUUUCUACGUGAUCGUGGAUGCAAGAAAACUGAACUGAUGGACCACGAAUUAAAAACAAGAAAAUCGUCAAGUAAAUUCCUCACACACUGAAAACGUUUUCAAUAAUAAUAUAAUGAAUUUAAUUGGAGUGGUCGUUGUUCUCAAAUUUUAGAUCCAUUUGUGGUUUCCGUAAUCUAAUUAUAUAAAUACUCGAAAUGAUAAAGCUGUAUUGAAUGUGAACAUAGUUAGUUCGUAUUCAAUUGAUUGUGAGUUUAAUCAGUUAGAGUCGAGCAGAAUCGAGCGGGAAAUCUUGAUACAGAAAUAUUCAUCUUUCUGUCGAGAACACGGUCUAGUCGUUUAAACGCGAAUUUGCGUAGCAAACGAUUAAAGUUGAAUCAAUUAACAUCUACUUGGAAGAUAAUGUUUUACCAUUAAUCGAUGUAUCUUCGUAGAUAAAUCCCACACAACCCCAGCUUAUGCAAGUCGUUUUUCAGUGUGUGCAUGUGCAAUGUAUUAGAUGGGCUGGAUUAGCAUGGAACCCUAUUUCAUUAG